AUGCAAAUAGAAGAACUUGAGGACUUAUUAAAGCUCUAUAAACAAGUCACAGAUGUUGAUGUCCAAGAGUAUGUUUCACACAAAACCGCUCUCCGCCUUCCAAUCAUACCAACAGAUAAAAUAAAACUUUUGGCACAAGAAGUUGGAGAAAUCUUUGCAAAGGAACCAACAAUCAUUGAUGUAUCGGCUCCACUUUAUGUUGUUGGAGAUUUGCAUGGCCAUUUCUUGGAUCUUUGUCGCAUAUUAAAAGAAAACGGAUUUCCUCCAGAUACUACAUACUUGUUUUUAGGCGAUAUUGUCGAUAGAGGAGAAAUGUCUAUUGAAACUGUAACAUUUGUUUUACUCCUUAAGCGUCUUUUCCCGACAAAUGUUUACAUCAUUCGCGGCAACCACGAAUUCAGAGAAAUAUCCAAGGCAAACAGCUUUUACACCGAAAUUCAGCUCGCAUACGAUAAUGAGAGCGUAUUCGAUGCUUUCAUCAACUGCUUCGAAUAUAUGCCACUUGUUGCAAGAGUUGAGGAGCUCUUACUAUGUGUUCAUGGUGGUGUCGGACAAAACUACAAGCGAUAUGAUGAAGUCCAGCUUCUUCAACGCCCCAUUAAAAACUUCGAAAAUUUGGCGCUAACAGAUUUGCUUUGGAGUGAUCCAGAAGAAGGAACUCCAGAAUUCAAAUCAUCUCCUCGUGGUCUUGGAUGCUUAUUUGGCGAAAAACAAGCUAAAGAUUUUCUUUCUGAUGCAAGGAAGAACUUCCUUUGCAGAGGACACCAAAGUGCUCAGCAUGGAGUCGAAACACAGUUCAAUGGAUGUGUUAUUACUGUAUUUUCCGCUUCAAACUAUUGCGGAACAAUGGGUAACGAAGGUGGAGUUUUAUACAUCCCAGAUCAAUUCCAUUACGAACCAAUCAGAUAUCCUCCACUUGGAUAUCUCAAGCGUUAUGAAGUUAUUUUCUCCCCACUUGACACAUGUUUGUCAUUAUUAAGAAAAUCAGAGAAUAAGGCAUCGUCAAGAGUCGCUGCAAGAAGGAGACUAUCAACAUCCAAUGAAGCCGAUGCUGAUGGAGCAACGACUUCAAGAAGUCUUCGCGCAAAUAAGCUUACAAAAGCUUAUCGUUCUACAGUUGAUAUGCCAAGAUUGCCAUUUAAUCUUGGGUCACCAAACUUUAAGUAA